AUGGUCCGCCUUUCUACCGUUUUCACGGCCCUCACCGGCACCGUCGGCGUCUUGGCCAGCCCGGCCGGCUCCAGCUCGGGAGAUCUCAUGCAGAAGCGUGCGGGUACUCCCAGCGCCACCGGCACCAACAACGGCUACUACUACUCGUGGUGGACCGAUGGCGGCUCUGAUGUGACUUACACCAACCUCGAAGGCGGCGAGUACUCGGUGAACUGGGGCGGCGGCGGCGGCAACUUUGUCGGCGGCAAGGGCUGGAACCCCGGCAGUGACAAGGUCAUCUCUUACUCCGGACAAUACAGCCCCAACGGCAACAGCUACCUCGCCGUGUACGGCUGGACGCAGAACCCUCUUGUAGAGUACUACGUCGUUGAGAACUUUGGCACCUACAACCCGGCGUCCAACGCCCAGAAGAAGGGCCAAGUGACCACGGACGGCGGUACCUAUGACAUUUACGUCAGCACCCGUACCAACCAGCCCAGCAUUGAGGGAACCUCUACCUUCCAGCAGUACUGGUCCAUCCGUACCGAGAAGCGCACCGGCGGUAAUGUCACCACUGGUAACCACUUCAAGGCCUGGGAGCAGGCCGGCCUCAAGAUGGGCAAGCACAACUACAUGAUUGUCGCGACGGAGGGUACUUCAGCAGCGGCUUCGGGUACUUUUGGCACCCCCAUCACCGCCGCGCUGAUCAAAGCCGGCUUUGACGUGACCGUCAUCAGCCGUGCCGAGUCGCAGGCGGCUUUCCCCGAGGGGAUCCCCGUCAAGAAGACCGAGUACACGCUCGAGAAUCUGACAGAGGCGUUGCAAGGUCAGGAUGCGGCCGUGUGUGUCGUGGGCCCUGCUGGCAUCCCCGCCCAGUCCAUGAUGGUGCAGGCGGCGGUUAUCGCCGGCGUGCGGCGAUUCAUCAUCAACGACUUUGGCUGGGGCCUCACGGUCCGCGGUUUGCCCGAGUUCGCGGCGGUCCACGCCCUGCGGAAGUCGGGGUGGGACCAUGCCAAGAUCAGGGCCAAGACCACGCCGGGAUUCACAUUUACGGGCAUUUCUUCCGGAAAUCCGAUUGACUGGGCGCUCAAGAAAUUCCCCACCAUGGGCUUCAACCCUUCUGCCCGCAGCGCCAUCAUUUACGACGACGGAGACGAAGAAUUCACCGGAACGACACUCCAAGGCAUCGGCCAAUCCGUGGUCGGCGUACUUCAGCACCUAGAGGAGACGGAGAACCGAUUCAAGUGGACGGUGGAACGGUCCACCACGGCGGAGCUCUUGGCGGGCGGGAGGAAGAAGAUGGAGGACGGGGACAGAGGGUGGAUUUUGGACCUAGCCGUGGGCCAGCUCUUGGAGAAGGGCGAGGCGCGCUGCGUCGUGGCGCCGUCGUGGGAGGAGUCCGACUCGGGACUGCUGGGCGUCGCGAGCGAGACUGCGCAGGAGAUUGCCGCCAAGGUUAUGGGGUAG